UGAGAAGGUUUAACCACUCAUGCCUCAAACACAGGGUUCUAGUUCGUCCAAAGUAUGUGCUAAUGCUUGGUGACUUCCGUUGCUGACAACAUCACAAUGAUUACGCUGCUACCAGACAGUAGAUUACACAAGUGAAGACGUGCAGUGUCCUUACAGACAGAAAGAGACGAAGUCUAUGCAUGGGAGUCUUCUAUCAGAGAUUAGAGAGAUGUCUCAGGAUCUUUACGAAAAUUUCAACUACACUGAAGAGCCAAGCAGAGGAGAGCGAGUGGAAGUGGUGGUGGAUAUCUAUGAAAGUGCGGAUACUGUAAGAAAUCACAAUGCCAACACAGAAAGGGAUGAUGGCAGCACAAAAAGGAAACAACAAACUCACCACACAGGAGACACUGCAGGGAGUAGACGCUACAGAUUGACUGCAGUGUGUCUGGGGCUGCUGUGUGUUCUCCUGCUGACUGCCAUCAUAGUGCUGUGGAUCAAGUUCAACAACCUGACUAUACAGAGAGACCAGUUACAGACCAGUAACACCAACCUGACUAAAGCGAGUGAGCACUUCCAGAAAGAAAGAGAUAAACUUCAGGAGAGGCUUUGUGAACUGAGGAAAAACACUGAGCAGGCACAGGGGUGUUUCAGAGGCAGUGUCUACUACAUCUCUACUGAGAAGAAGAGCUGGAAUGAGAGCAGAAAGGACUGCAACAGUAAAGGAGCAGACCUGGUGAUCAUAAACAGCAGAGAAGAACAGGAGUUCAUCAGUUCAGUAUUGGGCAACACUGAAGCUUGGAUUGGUCUGACGGACAUCGACACAGAGGGGGUCUGGAAAUGGGUAGACAGCUCAUUACUGACCACUAAGUUCUGGUUCGAGGGGGAACCAAAUGAUUUUAAUAAAAAUGAGGACUGUGCUGUAACUGGCUAUAGAGAUGCUGGAUCUGAACGUGUAUCAACCUGGGCUGAUUUUCCCUGUAGUCACAUUAUAGUUGGACUCUGUGAGAAAAGUUUAAUAUAAUUUUAAUUUUAUCUACAUAACAGAGAACAGU